AUGGCGCUUCGUACAUUGCUUCGUACUCCAGCCUCACUACGUCCGCUCCUCCUGCAACCUCGAUCAAAAGCUCUAUACCAUUCAAACGAACACCCAGAGCCACCACCUUAUCGCGAAGCAGAAUCCGCCAUCCUUUCCUCCGCCAUCAAGCAUGUCCCAGCCCACGGCUUCACACAGCAAGCACUUACUCUCGGCGCGAAAGAUGUGGGCUACCUCGACAUCUCCACCAACCUCUUCCCUCGAGGCGCGUACGAUCUCGUCCUCUAUCACCUCGUCACGCAGCGCCUCGCCCUGAAGCACCGCAUCCAGUUUCCCGAAGGACAGAACAUUGGUGUAGGACGAAAGGUCAAAAGUCUGAUAUUGGAGCGAUUACGAGCCAACAUCGACACUGGCGUUCUCCCUCGCUAUCAAGAAGCGCUGGGUCUCAUGUCCCUCGCCGAGAACAUUCCAUCCUCCCUUCGCGAGCUUGGACUCCUAUCCGACGAGAUGUGGUAUCUCGCAGGUGACACAAGCGUGGAUGCGAGUUGGUACACGAAGAGGGCGAGUUUGAGUGGCGUGUACGCUGCUACGGAAGUCUUUCAGACCACGGUGGAUCAGAGCAGUGAUAUGGAAGACACGGAGGAGUUUCUGGACAGGAGGCUGGAGGAGGUGAGAGUGGUGGGGUCUGCGGUGGGCGGCUUUGGACAAUGGGUUGGCUUUCAGGCUGGUGCGAUUGUGAAUCUGGCGAGGAGUAAAGGUGUGAGGAUAUGA